CGAAAGGAUGCCUGCAGAAGUUUUAAAAUAUCUAUGAGUGGGCGCGGUUAAAGUGAAGGGAAGUAACUCGUUUCAUUCUAUAGAGAUAGAAAUUACAUUGUUGAUAACCAUGUUACUAGGGAGUUGUGGUUAUGCUGAACAAAAUAAAGACAAUGUGUGACUGUUGACAGCUUUACAGCCAUCUAUUAUGUAAAAAAGAAAGAAGACGUAUGUGUGAACCAAAUAUAUUUCACUGCCGUUCUAUAUCCGUGCCUUAAAGAUGAAUGAAGAUAUAAAUGUGGAUACCGAUCUUUGUAAUCGCUUCCGAUACCAAAAUCGUCAACUAGACAACUUAACGGCAAACGAGUACCUCGCAUUCAAGAAAAAUUACGAAGAAAAUUUUAAAGAGCAACACCCAGUUGAUGGUGCUGAAGAUGGCUAUAAACUUACAACUGAUGGAGAAAUAUAUGAACACAAAAAAUACGCACAGAACGACGUGACUACUUCCAAUGAGAUAUCAUCGGAAUAUUUUGCUAAAGAAAAUGGCAAUGUGACCAACAAGACAAAAAAGGAAAUCUCAUCACAAAAGCCACCAGAAAAUGAAAUAUCACCUCUUCCCUACAAUCGGAGACUAUUUAUAUCGUGUUUGUCUUUAUUGACUUUAAUAUCUUUAUUAUCUCGUCUUUACAAGAUAGAAGAACCACCGCAUGUUUGUUGGGACGAAACUCAUUUCGGUAAAAUGGCCAGCUGGUAUAUUCAGAGAACGUUUUUCUUUGAUGUACACCCACCUUUAGGUAAGAUGCUCAUUGCUUUCUCUGGUUUGCUCACAGGUUACGAUGGUAAUUUCCCUUUUGCUAAACCAGGUGACGAGUAUGAAGACACACAAUAUGUUGGCAUGAGAAUUUUCUGUGCUCUCCUCGGGACUGCUAUAAUCCCAAUCAGUUUCUUAAUUGUUUGGGAACUUACGAAAUCCAUUAUAGCAUCAUUUCUAGCAGGUCUUAUAAUUCUGGCUGACACUGGAAUCCUCACGUUAUCCCGGCACAUUUUACUGGAUCCCAUACUCCUGUUUUUUAUUAUGAUGUCUACAUAUAGUAUUCUUAAAUUCGUAUCACUGCGACAGAAGUCUUUUACAUUACAAUGGUGGUUCUGGUUAUCUACCACAGGGAUAUUCCUUGCAUUUUCCAUUGGGGUCAAAUUCGUUGGAUUAUUUGUUAUUUUACUUGCAGGCUACACAACUGCCAAAGAUUUAUGGGACAUUCUUGGCGACACAUCCAUACCGCUCGUUUUAUUCAUCCGUCACUUCAUCGCUCGAUCACUGUGUUUAAUCAUUUUACCAAUAUUUAUCUACAUGCUUAUAUUUUGUGUACAUUUUAAAAUUCUUCAUAAAAGUGGCAAUGGAGAUGGUUUCUACAGUUCUGCAUUUCAAUCUCAGCUUAUUGGCAAUAAACUUUACAAUGUCAGCAUGCCAGAGAAUGUAGCCUAUGGAAGUAUAAUUUCUCUGAAACAAAAGAGAGCCGGUGGUGCUUACUUGCAUUCCCAUCACCACCUUUAUCCAGAGGAACAUCCUCCUCGACAGCAACAAGUUACUACCUACAGCCACAAAGAUGAGAAUAACUUGUGGAAAAUUAAAUAUCCAGAAAGAGAAGCACCAUUUUCAACAUCACCUCAGAUUCUGAAAAAUGGAGAUCUGAUUCGGCUGGAACAUGUAAUAACUCGUCGGAACCUACACAGUCACCAAGAAGUAGCUCCCAUUACACAGAGACAUUAUCAAGUGACAGGUUAUGGUCAAGAUGGUGUUGGCGAUGGUAAUGAUAUGUGGAUUGUUGAGAUUGUUGGAGUAUCUGAUAGGAAUUCUGUACAGACUGUACGCAGUAAAGUCCGUUUAAUACAUUACUAUAUGCGAUGUGCUCUUCAGUCCCAUGAUAAGAGAUUGCCGAAAUGGGGCUGGGAACAGCUUGAAGUCACUUGCAACCCUAAUAUCAAAGAUCCCAAAACUUUGUGGAGUGUAGAAGAAGUGUGGGAUUCCCGGUUGCCUAAUGUUAGUUUUGAGGUAUACUCUCCUAAUUUCCUAGAGAAAUUUAUUGAGAGCCAUGUUGUUAUGACUCAAGGCAACAGUGGCCUAAAACCAAGUGAAGGUGAACUGACGUCCAGACCCUGGCAGUGGCCCAUUGACUACAAAGGGCAAACAUUUUCUGGUAAAGAUCAUCGAAUAUAUUUAUUAGGUAAUCCAGUGGUUUUCUGGGGAAAUAUUGCUGUCUUUGUGCUAUUUCUCAUCAUUUAUAUUGUAUAUGUAAUCCGGCACCAGCGAGAUCCCACAUAUCAGGAGAAAUUAAUUAGUUUUAACCAGAGGACAUUUAAUUCCUGUUGGUGGUUGAUUCUUGGCUGGGCCUUACAUUAUUUUCCAUUCUGGGGUAUGAGUCGUGUUCUAUAUUUCCAUCAUUAUUUCCCAGCAUUCCUAUUCAAUGCCAUGUUCACUGCUAUCAUACUUGACUAUCUCAUCACACAUAUUACUCUAAGUUUCCCUGAACAUUUAGCAACAACUUUCUACCACUGGUCACUAGGACUUGUAAUUUCAUGCCUUGGAUUCAGCUUCUAUUUAUUUGCCCCACUUGCUUAUGGUAUGUCUGGUCCAGAGGCUGCUGAUGAAUCAAGUAAAAUGCAUAAGUUAAAAUGGCUGAAUUCCUGGGAAAUCUAAUACAUACAGAGAUGUCUAGCUGUUAUUCCCUUAUGUAAACUACUGAGCUUUCUGAAUACCUUAAGACCAUUAUAUUCAAUUACUUCGUUAGUUUUGUAAUUCCAUUUCAAUUACACACAUGUGGCUGAACAAAUUACUAAUUAUGCUGCAUACACUACAAUGUUAAGUUCCUUCAACAUAAAAUUGUCUUCAUUACUGGAUAUAUUUAACUUAGUACGCUCUUAGAAAUUUACACUUAUAUGGCUUUAACAAUUUUUCAACAAAAUUUAUAAUUUUUAAUUCUAAUUUUGCAGUAAUACUUUUUAUUUUUAGCAUACAAAAUAUUGUAAUUUUUUUGAUCAUUUAUUCUUUCAUUUAUUUUUUUAACUUACUCAACCAAUUUUUUAAAUUACCUAAAUGUACUUUCACAAAUUGUUUUAUUGUACACACACACAUCCAUCCAUGUAUACACACGCGCUAUAUAUGCGUGUGUACUUUCCAUAGUCUUCUGUGUCACAUUUAGUCACUGUUCUUCCUAUGUCACAGCCCUUGUCUCACUUGUAUAUGCACAGUAUUUUUGGACCACAUGUAUUUUGUUCCCAUGCUACUUAUUUUGAGGUGUGAUGGGCACUUUGUCACUAUGGAUUAGGGGUGAUUAGUAGCUCACCACUGAUGUUGAUGCCACCUUUCUGACCACUUAUUACCAUGUCAAGAUGUGAAAACCUUUCAAGAGAUGGCAUUUCCCUGUUUGGUCAUUUUCCUGAUUGGAACUCUUAUGAGUGAGGAUAGAAGAGCUGUAUUAGUGGUUCAUCCUGAAUUCACUUCCCUGAGAAGUUUGAUUUGUUGAGUGUUGAUCCCUUACAUCUCCAGAGACUUCAGCACAUCAUUCACUUUGAUGCAUAGCAUCAAAGUGAAUGAAGUGCUAUAUAUAUAUAUGCUUUGGUACUAUGCAUCAGAGUGAAUGAAAUGCUAUAUAUAUAUUUAAAAGAAAAGUUCUUCCUCAUACAUAUGUGUGUGUGUGUGUGUAUAUGUAUAUACAUAUAUAUGUGAGUAUAUGUUAUAUAUAUAUUUAUUUGGAUGAGAAUUUAGCUGAGCAGUUCAGUAACUGAAAGUUAUGAUAGUGUUUCAAUUUAUAUAGUAUUUAUUUUUUUUUUAUUUGUUUGUAUGUAUAUAUGUAUGCAUGCAUGUAUGUAUGUGAAAUAGUAGCAAUCUGAGCUUACAACUAUAUUCACUGGUUGCUCACCUACUAUACAGUACUUGCUAUACAUAGAUACUGCAUGUGAACAUGUCAUUAUGAAAUGUUUAUACAUAGACACUGCAUACUAACAUUGAUCCCACAAAAAUUACAUCUAAUAUUCAUUAUCAUUAAUCAUCAUCAUCAUUUUUAUGUCCACUUUCCCAUAUAAGAAAUGUUGGGAGGAACAUUUUGAGACAGUGUGGGUUUCUUGGUUGGAAGCUUUUGCUGUGCCAACUCUUUAGUCACUUCUUACAUUACACUGAGACUCAAUGUACUUAUUUUACUAUAUUGCUACACAUGGACAUGUAUGCAUUCUUUAGUUUCCUGGGGUUUUCUUUUAUAGUGAUUGUUACCCAGGUCAUGCUGGAGCACCACCUUGAACAUGUGUCUAGCAUGCAAACAGAACCAACAUGCAACAUUUCUAAAAGAGUGUUAUUUCUCACUAACUUAAAAUAAAUACAUCCCCAAAGACUCAGUUUUACACAAAUGAAAUUAAGAUCUGCAAAUAAUAAAACAGUGCUAAACCAAGCCAAGAGAGUAGGUGAUAUUUUCUUGAUCUACAGUGGCAAGUUGACAGAAUUGUUAGCAUGCCAGGCAAAAUGCUUAGCGGUAUUUCAUCUGUCUCUAUGUUCUGAGUUCAAAUUCUGCCGAGGCUGGUUUUGCCUUUCAUCCUUUCAGGGUCAAUAACAUAAGUACCAGUUGAAUAUUGAGAUCACUUAGCCCCUUCCCCAAAACUGAUAGCCUUGUACCAAAAUUUGAAAUCGAUAUUUUCUUGACCUGCUAGAUAUAGCAACCAAAUCUUCCUGAAAUCAAACCCCCAUCGUCUUAAACAAAGAAGAACACUUUGUGGAUAUUGCUUGUCCUAGAUGACCCCCAAAAUACUAUGUGAUCAUGGCUGGAAUGCCUUUCAUUAAAGUGGUCUGGAUCAAAGCUGACCUUCGGCUAAACAACUACAAUGCUAAAUAAUAUGCUUUUUAGGUAUAUACCUUAAUAACCAUAAUGGCACACUCGGUAGGAACUAAAGAAAUACAAACAUGUACACACAGCUGUAAACAUGUGCAGAUUGAGACAUGUUUGAACACAUAUUUAUCUAUAUAAAAUAUCAAUCCAAAAAUUACAUUACCUUGCAAUCAUAUUCAUAUUUUAUUUUAUUUACAUUAAAAUUUUCUUUUACUAUCUUUUUUCUUUUUACCAGAGUCACAAGUACAUUGUCAUGUUUAUUUUGAAUUAUUUUUAUUAAUUUAAUUGUUUUGAUAUGCAAAUUUUUUUGUUUUUAUAUGAAAUUUGGUGGUUUAUAGGAAAAUUAUUUAAGAACAGAUAUUUCAUCAUAAAUUUGAAACAGACAUUGUGUGUAAUAUCUACCCGUGGUGGAUGCAUGUGCUUAAUAACAGGGAGAUGGCACAUACACACACACAUAUUUAUAGUUGCACCACAUAUUGACCAGACUGUUGGAUGUUCUUAUACAUUGCUGGUCACAAUGCACUUAAUUGCAUUGUAGCUUUCAAAUGAGGCUCAGCUAGCAGGCUAGCUCCCCCCGAACAGAAUGUCAGUCCAUUACAGGAUUACCUAUUUAGCAGCUGAGUGGAUUAUGUGUGU